CUGGUCACAUCUGGCUUAAUUUACCAAAACAAACCAACACGUGAAAUAUUGAAAACGUAAAUAAAUUAUUAAUUUCAAGGAAUUUGUGUAAAUUUAAAAGAAAUAUGUCAUCAGAGGAUGAACUGUCAUCUGCCUCAGAGCAAGAGGAAGGCAGCAGUGAAGACGAUACUCAGAAUGCCAUUCGCCAAGACCUCAAAGGCAUGACCUUCGAGGAGAUCAUGAAACUGAAAGAAGAACUGGGUGCCAAAGUCUACAAGGAAGCCGUCCUCGGAAAAUCCUCAAGAACCAACAACAAACCCAAAACCAGGACCGAUUUAAAGAGGCUCAACAAAAAUCGACCUCGAGAGAUGUCUUCGCGACGGCAGGUUCCGUUCCUGGGCGCCGAACAUCGGGCUGAGCGAAAGAAGACAGCAGAGCUGAGGGAUCCACGUUUUGACGAGAAAUCGGGCACUUAUAAUGCCGAGACCUUCAAGAAAAACUAUGAGUUUGUCACGCAAAUCCGCGACAAGGAGGUGGGCCAGCUGAAGAAGCAGCUUGACAAGGUGCAGAAUGACGAGGAAAAACACAAGAUAAAGCACACCAUGCAGCGACUAAUCAACAAGAAUGUGGAGGACAGGAAGUGGCAACAAAAGCAGAAGCAACUAAAAAAGGAGCGCGACAACAUCCAGAAGAAGCACAACAAAGGAGAACUGCCGCACUAUCUAACAAAGAAGGAACGUCGCGCCCAGGAGCUGGUGGCCCAGUUCGAGCAGCUGAAAGAAACGGGGAAACUAAACAAACAUCUGGAAAAGCGGCGCAAGAAGAACGCUGCCAAGGACCGCAAGCGCAUUGGCAUAGAAUAAGUCUUGUCUUCUUUUUAAGUAUAUUUUUAAG